GGUAAUUUUGUCCUCCAUAUUGUAAAAAUAUUAUCCCUAAAUCUAGUUACCAUGCACUGCCAUGAUAAAUUACUAUGUAUCAGUCGAAUGUACAUAAGGAGCUUUCCAAGAUUUGGUGAUGAUUUCGAGUGUUUUUCUUGAAAGAAGAUGAUGGGAGCGAUGUGUCAACGUAGAAAAUGAGCGAAAGGAAAUUCACACGCGGCCUGGGAAAGCCGGGUAUGGCCGCACAAUUACGAGAAACGGUUUCUCAGGUCGUACGCGAAAGUACCGUACAGAGUAAACCACAUUUAGUUGACCCAAUAGAUUUUGAGAGCUUCGUGUUAAAGAAUAAAACAUUAUUGCAGAAUGAUCCGCAAAGAGAAUUAUUGCUUUAUCCGCCGGACGAUGUUUCUCAAGUUGUCCUACCGAGGCGUUAUCGCGCUAUUGUGCCUACAGCACAAUAUAUUUCGGAUAAUGACGAGGAAGGCGGAAGUCUCCUGACCAAAGAAUGUUUACGAAGUUACACCUCCAAUUGGAAUUUGAUACAUUACAAAUAUUCUGCCUACAACGGAAGUUAUCUCGAUUUACCCAAAAUAACAAAAGCGGAUGAUCUCAAGGAUGAAGUAUACGAAAUUGAUACCGAAGUGGAUCAAGUCGACGAGGAUUUAAUCAAAAAUAAUGGGAUUACGAAAGAGGGUUACUUAAUGAAAGGACCUGAAAUUGGAAGCUCCGAUCGUAUGUUUGCUCAUAUCGGCUCAAAAUCUUUUAAAAGACGUUUUUGCCAUUUAAGACAGGAGGUCGAUGGCACAUACAUUUUAGAAUUUUUCAAAGAUGAGAAAAAGGGCGAAGCUAAGUUGGCAAUAGUAAUGGACUUUUGUACAGAAGUUGUUAGAAAUCCAAAACGUGGAAGGUACUGUUUUGAAUUAAGAAUGACAGGAACUCACAAGUCUUAUACAUUAGCGGCCGAUAAUGAAACAGAUAUGCAAGAUUGGUUAUCAAAAUUGAAUUCUGUAUUGCAACAUUACAAACAACAAGAGGAGAAACGUGCUGCAUCUUUAGAAAGAACAUGUAAUACUCCUCCUCCUUCCCCUCAACCAAUGCAGGUAUAUGGAACGUUGAAAGGUUUGGAACAGAGUAUGAAUCCACAAUUAAUUAAAUACUCCAGGGAAACUGACACAAGUAUAGCAUUAGCUAGACGGGAAUAUAGAAAACCUUUGUUUAGUCUAUAUUCCAACAUGUCACGUGUAAAAACACCUACGGGAGGAAAUUCUACUGAACAUAAUAUUGAUCCGUAUAAGGAGCAAUUUGGGCAUAGAAUUUUUAUUAAGUGUGAAACUCUUAAGUUUAGACUGCAAGCUCCAAUUGAUGAAAAAGAAACUCUUUGCCAAGUUGAACCGUAUCAAACAACUUUGUGUCUUUUUGAUGCAAAGCACGGUAGGAAACUCACGGAAAAUUUUUAUUUCGACGUCAACCAUGAGAUUGUACAAGGAAUGAUAAAGGAAUUAAGUCCUACUAGCAUUAUGACAGAAUCUAAUGAAAAUAUAAGUUUACCUGAAGAAUUGAAAACUGUACCAUUGGAUUGGAUAAAACAUCCAAAGCAGGCUAUAUUUCACGUUAGUAAUCCCCAUCCUGAUAUAUUUCUUGUGGUAAGAAUAGAUAAGAUAUUACAAGGGAACAUAUGUCAAACUUCUGAACCAUAUGUAAGAACGACUAAAGAUCCAAGAUUAGGAUUAAAAGUACACAAACAAGUUAGAGCAUGUUGCCAAAGAUUAGGAAAUUAUAGAAUGCCAUUUGCUUGGGCCGCCAGACCUUUAUUUAGACUAUAUAGUAACGAGUUGGACACUUCUCCAGACUUUCCAGCGAUAUAUAGGCAGGAAGGGAAUAAAAUCAAAGAUGAAGAGUUAUUAAAAUUGCUUUCAGAGUAUAGAAAACCUGAAAAACUUAGCAAAUUAACCGUUAUACCUGGAUGGUUGAAAAUAAAAAUUGAACCCAUCAUUGAGAUACCAGAAAAUACAUUGUCGACAUCUUUGACUCCCUUGAAACCAUUUCCCAUUCCAACUGUAAACGAUCCAACUCUUGAAAUUGCAGAAUUUGAAAGUACAUCUGAAAAAGAUGUUCAUCCUUAUACUACAUAUGUCAAUCAUCUUUAUGUUUAUCCACAAACUUUAUCUUUCGAUACUCAAAAGAUAUUUACAAGAGCUAGAAAUAUUGCGUGUAUCAUUGAAUUACGAGAUGAUGAUGGGGAAAAUGUGGAACCUUUAAGAUGCAUCUAUGGCCGUCCAGGUACACCAUUGUUGUGUGUACGAGCGUCUUGCGCAGUUUUACAUCAUAAUGCUAUUCCAUCUUGGUACGAAGAAAUUAAGAUAAGAUUACCGACAAAACUUCAUUCAAAACAUCACUUGCUUUUUUCGUUUUAUCAUAUAAGCUGUGAUAUGAAUAAGAAAAAGGAAAAUGGAAUUGAAAAUUGCGUUGGUUAUGCUUGGGCUCCAUUGUUAUAUAAAGGAAGACUCAAUGUAGAUAUGGAUGUAAAUGUUCAAGUUCUACCUGUUGCAACGCAUUUACCACAAGGAUAUCUUUCUAUUCAACCCCUUGGUCUAGGGAAAGGGGUAAGAAAUGCUGGCCCAGAUAUUACAUGGAUUGAUUCACAAAGACCAAUAUUUACAGUAGCUUUUCAGUUAAUAUCAACGGUAUUUACUCGCGAUCCUCAUUUAUACAAUCUCUUUGCUCAUGCCGAACGAAUUCUGGAUACUAGGCCAUCUGUAAUGCCUUCGGAUACAGAAACGUGUAAAAUAUUGAAAGCAGCGCAUGCAAUACAGUUGGUCACAGCGAUUACUUUUCUUCCUACCAUAUUAAAUCAAUUGUUCACAUUAUUGACGUAUAAUAUCGGCGAAGAAGUAGGAUUGUAUAUUAUUAGAGUACUAAUACACAUUAUAAACAUGAUACACGAAGCUGGUCGAAAAGAAAUACUUCAGGCUUAUAUCAAGUUUGUCUUUCUGUCGCCAUCACAAGCAACCUGCAAUAUGACUGUUCAUGAACAAUUAGGGAAAUAUCUGCCAAUAUUAUUACAACCAAACAAUACGGAUUUCUUGGUAAUUAACAAAUUCAUGCGUCAUUCUAAUUUCUUCUUUGAGAUAAUGAUUAAAAGUAUGGCACAAUAUCUACUUACUACUGGUAGAAUAAAAAUGCAUAGAAAUGAAAGAUUUUCUAAAGAGUAUCACGAGCGCAUUAAGCAUCUAUUAGAUGUAAUUAUGCCAUAUAUAAUAAAUAAGUACAAAGAAAUGCCGGUUGAAACUCACGAAUUAAAUAAAAGCCUUGCUCAAUUGUUAAAGCAUUGCCUCACAUUCAUGGAUCGUGGUUUCGUUUUCCGUUUGAUCAAUUCAUACGUGGAUAAAUUUUCUCCUGGAGAUCCACGCACUCUACAUGAUUUUAAAUUUACAUUUCUUCAAAUCAUUUGUUCCCACGAGCAUUAUAUAUCUUUCAAUUUACCAAUGAUGCAGUCUCGUAUUUCACCUAGAGAAAAUACUGAGAAAGAGCCAGAAUGUAAUGACUUGAUGAAUGAAUACUGUUUAUCAGAAGAUUUUUGUAAGCAUCAUUUUUUGGUUGGCUUAUUACUCCAAGAAAUCAAAAUAUCUCUCAAUGAAAUAAUGCAAAUCCGAAAAGUAGCCAUAACUACAUUAAGAGAUCUCUUGGCUAAGCACGAACUGGAUGAUAGAUAUCAAAAUAAGGGACAAUUGAGUAGGAUAGCAUCCAUUUAUAUACCAUGGUUAGAGAUAGUACUGGAAAAUUUGACGCGUUUACAAUCUGUACACGACAAUUCUAAAACAGAAAAUAAACACAAUGACAUAAAUCGAAUAUCAACUAGCAGUUCCUUUUUGGCAACUAAGGAUAUCGCUAAUAGUACUGUAACAGCAGGCACUCCCAAGUCCAUUCACAGACUUACGUUAAAUUUGGAUACGCAAUCUCCAAUCAGGGCGUCUAUACAUCUACGAGAUUCUACAUAUUUUGCUGCUAUUGCCGGACAAGGUUUGGUGAAUGGCUAUUCUUGUACCAGUAUAGAAUCAGAUACAUCAACAAUGUCAGGUGCCUCACAGUCAAAUAUAUCACAAGAAACGGCUAUUAUUCGCGAAUCUGUAGAAAAUGGUAUAAGCGAUAAAAAAAGGCAUUCUCGUUCUUUGAGCGUUACACAGGCUUCACCUAGAUGUGAUAAAUUACAAUCCUCCGAAGUUAAGGAUAUAUUGCUUUGUUUUUUAUUUGUGAUCAAAUAUUUAGGCGAUCAUCAAGUUAUUGCAUGGUGGCAACAGUGCAGUGAUUCCGAGAUAUUGAGUUUUUUUACUGUAAUUGAAAUAAGUCUUCAUCAUUUCAAAUAUAUUGGUAAAAGACAGAUAGCUGCAAAUAUAACAAAUAAUUCUGGGAAACCACGUACAGUAAAGGCAAUGACAUUGCCAGCCAGAAUGGCACCACCAGAUUUCACGACUGAAAGUCCAACUACUGGUACACUGCAACCACAUAAUACUGUUACUAGGGAGAAUCUCAUUGAAAGCGACAGCGGUAAAAUGUAUCAGGCUUUACUAGAGGCAAAUAUGGCCACAGAAGUUGGUCUUAUAGCAUUAGACUGUCUAGGCCUCUUUUGUAUUCAUUUUAAGGACGCACUUUUAGCAGAUGAUGGGGAAAAUCCAAUAAUGCAAAAAUUGUUCAAUAUAUAUCUAUCCUUUCUUCAAGUCGGUCAAUCGGAGACAUUGCUACGUCACGUGUUUGCCGGAUUUCGGGCAUUUUUAAAUAAUUAUUCUAUUGCUCUAUUUCAAGGAAAUGCAGCGCUUUGUGGGCGAUUAUGUUAUGAAUUAUUAAGAUGUUGUAAUAGUAAACUUAGUUCUAUUAGACAAGAAUCAUGUGCUUUAUUAUAUCUGCUUAUGAGAAGUAAUUUUGAAUUUACCAGUAGAAAAGGAUUAACGAGAGUGCAUUUACAGGUAAUAAUCUCGGUUUCACAAAUGCUUGGAAAUGUGAUUGGUUUGAAUAAUUCAAGA